CGAAUGUGCGGCCGCGGCCGAUGUCAGAUUGCGUCGAACAUGGCGGCGAUAUUGGAGGCUACAGGCGGCUCCGAUACAGAAUGUUUACUCCGGAAUGAAUCGUACGCGCACAAAUGUCCACCCGAGAAGGAAGCGCUGGCCGCCAAGUACAAGGAGGAAGCCAACGAGCACUUCAAAAAGCAGGAGUUCAACGCCGCCAUCGAGUUGUACUCGAAAGCGAUCGAGGCGGACCCGUACAAGGCGGUCUACUAUGGCAACCGCAGCUUCGCGUACCUCAAGACGGAGUGCUUCGGAUACGCGCUCAAGGAUGCUUCCAAGGCGAUCGAGCUCGACAGGACUUACGUGAAGGGUUACUACAGGCGAGCGGCUGCAUACAUGUCACUAGGGAAGUUCAAGCAAGCGCUCAAGGACUUUGAGGCGGUCACGAAGGCACGGCCCAAUGACCGCGAUGCAAGUGCAAAGUACAGUGAGUGCCAAAAGGUGGUUCGGCGCAUGGCUUUCGAGCGAGCCAUAGCUGUGGACGACUCCAAGAAAUCAAUCGCAGACAGCAUUGACAUCGAAGCUAUGUCCAUAGAGGACGACUACAAAGGACCGCAGCUUCAGGAUGGCCGGGUGACACUGGAGUUCAUGAAGGAGCUGAUGGAAACCUUCAAGGCAGGCCGCAAGCUGCACAGGAAAUAUGCCUACAAGAUUCUGGUUGAUGCAAAGGCACUGUUCCAGCCUCUUCCCAGCCUCGUAGACAUUGCAGUGCCACCGGAGUGCAAGUUCACAAUAUGCGGGGACAUUCACGGCCAGUUUUUUGAUCUCAUGAACAUCUUCGAGCUGAAUGGGCUGCCAUCUGAGACCAACCCAUAUCUGUUCAAUGGGGACUUCGUUGACCGGGGUUCAUUCUCAGUCGAGUGCAUCUUCACAUUACUUGGCUUCAAGUUGCUCUAUCCAAAUCACAUGUACAUGUCACGAGGAAACCAUGAGAGCCAGACCAUGAACCAAAUGUAUGGUUUCGAAGGAGAAGUCAAGGCCAAGUACACGCCCAAUAUGGCCGAGCUAUUCACCGAGGUGUUCAACUGGCUUCCCCUGGCGCAUCUCAUCAAUGGACGGGUUCUGGUGAUGCACGGUGGCCUGUUCUCCGACGACAACGUGACGCUAGACGACAUCCGCAAGACGCCCCGCAACCGGCAACCGCCGGAGGAAGGCAUAAUGUGCGAACUGCUGUGGUCAGACCCACAGCCUCAAGAGGGCCGCUCUCCCAGCAAGCGCGGUGUGGGCAUCCACUUUGGGCCCGACGUGACACGGCGUUUCCUGCAACGCAACAACCUAGACUACAUUGUGCGUAGCCAUGAAGUCAAGGCCGAAGGCUACGAAGUCGCCCACCAGGGAAAAUGCAUCACCGUCUUCUCAGCGCCAAACUACUGUGACACUAUGGGGAACAAGGGAGCUUUCAUCACCAUGAAUGGUCGUGACCUGAAACCUAAGUUCACUACGUACGAGGCUGUGCCUCAUCCGAACAUCAAGCCCAUGGCAUAUGCAAGCAGCCUGCUCGCCCUCUGAGGGCAGCACCGGCCGUUAACUGUCUUUCUGCUGCUGCUGCCGCGGCUGACCAAGAUGGUGGCUAGGGUUGGGACCCACUGCACACACACAUUCACCCUGCCGACGCUUGGCGCACGUUGGCUCCACAGAGCCGGAGGCUGCUGGCAGGCCUUUGAGCCACUCAGAUAGGACGGCCUGCUUCAAGUCAUGUCACAGGCGGCCUCCAGCUAUCAGUUUGUACUAAAGAACUGCUGUUGAGAAUACAGUAUGUGCAACAGUUGCAA